CAUGCGCAGUACCGCAGGCCGUCGUCUCCCAGGGUUACCAUCAACAACGCCGUUAUCCACCAUUGCUCCGUCCCUCGUAGGAUUUUAGACAUACUCCGUUUAUUCCUAAUUGUAUGCUGCUUGUAUGUAUAACAGCCUUACAGUUUCGUUUCACUCAGGAAGCAGAUAAACUAGCUCAAACAUCGCUCAAUACAUGCAGUGUUUACGAGCCUCGAACACAUGCUAGCAUGCUAGCAUGGUCUACUCCACACUCGUAACUUCAUAAAAUUGGCUUUUUAUAAUGACAUAUCAAGAGGUGGGGACACUAGCUUACUUCAAAAGUCCAAAAGCAACUAAAAGAACAACAUUUCAGGAUGAGCUUCAGGCUGCGGUGUCUUCCAGAGCUAGCAGAGCUAAAUUGGAGCAUUAUGAUUAUUUUGACAAUGAUGAAGAUGAUUUUUUAAAUGAACUCAUUGACUCAAGAAAAAAGAGGAAUGCUUUCAAGGCCAGGAAAAACAAAGGCAAAAUUAACAGCUUUGAGGUAUCGGAUGACGAAAGCACUCAAAGCAGAAGAAAAAAGGUCUCCUUCUUGAAAACCCAAGCAACCAACUCCCCAUCAAACGACACAGAAGAACCAGAGCCAUUAAAAGAUGAUCCGUCAGUUGAAUAUAGUGGCUCUUUUUCCUCGCAGCAGUCGACACAUUUGUCAUCGAAAAACAGCGGCUUUGAGUCCACAGAGCCUGAUAUGACCGGAGAUCAUUCCAGUCCAUCGUAUCAAACAUCCAAUGAUAAUCUAUCUUUGCCAUUACCGUCUGACAACAGUGUGGCUGGAACUCCAAGUCCACAAGAAAAAUACUGCAGCUCUGUAGUGGAAGAAAAUUCAUCAACACCAGCAUCCAACCACAACCACGAUAUCUCAGCUGAUCAUAUUAAAGAUAAAGAACCACCUAAGCCUAAACCGCGCCAAAGGACCUUUGGAUUGAGAUCUCAUGUGACAGAGAAGCCACCAGAAGAAACCGCAUCUCAAGAUCCCAGUGGGCCCCAGACGUCUUCUACAUCAAUCCCCCUCUCAGCCAAUACCUCUAGCUUAAUUGCUUGGACAGAUGGAGACCAAGCAGUUUCAAGCCUCAGUAAAUCCUCUUCCAAAGAGAGCCAUCAGGUGGUCCAAAAGUCUGCGUGGGAUUCUGAUUCCAGAGACGGAUUAAUUUCCGAUGACAAUAGAGAGCCAGAGAGAAAUUACUCUUCAUCGUUUCAAGAAUUUAGCGAAUCCUCAAAGGAUCACACAGAUCUGCCUUCUCAGUCCCCUGAAAAGUCAUUUGAUACGAGGACAUCGAGCUCCAAAACCCCAGAGAGGCCCCGGAGUGAGUGCUCCAAAGUAGAAUCAAAGUAUUUGGGAGCGCUCAAAGUUCUUGACCGCAAAGCUUCCCUGCAGGAAUCUCAACCGCAGACGGCAGAUUCCCUCAGAGCAGCUGUUUACCAGGAAUGGCAAAAAAAGAAAAGAGAAAAGUCCAGAGAGAAUAUGCAGCUAAAGAAGAAAGAGGAACUUCAGAAGGAACAAGAGAAAGAACAGAAACAGGAGGCUAAAAAAGAAGAUGCCAGGGCAUCAUAUGAAGCAUGGAAACAAAGGAAGGGAGAAAUCCUCAGAGCAAUGGCUAAAGAAAGGAAAGACAGAGCGCAAAGAGCAACCCAAGAGAAACUAGAAAAAAGGCAGUCUGCCAUCAAGAUGUUUGAGAAUUGGAAGCGAGAGCAUGAUCAUCUACUCCGGGACAAAUACAGAAAACAGAAAGAGACCGAAAACAAACUGAAGGAACGAAAACAACAGAAAGAAGAAGAAAGAAAGAGAGACAGCCAAUCUGCUUUUUCUGACUGGUGUGAAAAGAAAAAAAAUCUUCUCCAUGAAAAGCUAGAGAUGGAACGCAAAGUGGUUGAAUAUAAGGCCGAAGAGGAGCUGUAUCUAAAAGAGGAAAGAGAAAAAACAGCUUUAGAGAUGUAUGAGAACUGGCUGAGAAGAAAAGAUCUGAAACAAAAAAGACAAAGAGAGCAAAGACGUAUACAAGCAGAGCUGUUGGACAGUCAACCUCCUCCAUGGAUCCCAGCAAACAAAGUUAUUCCCUUUCGAAAAUGAUGUUUCAACUACGUCAUAUCCAGAGAAGUUUCAAGUAUCAUAUACCCUAUAAAAGUGACGAUGAUUAUUAAUAAUAUAUUUUGAUUUUAUUUGCAGCAGUCUAUGCUAUUUUUUAUGUAUUAAAAACUUGUAUUUUUUGGAAAUUGUUUUCUACAAUUUGGUAGAAAUUAAAUAUGUUUUAUAACUUGUUCCGAAAAAGUGACUUAAAAGUUUUUCCCAACAUUUAUUUAUACAGAUAGGUGGAUGGAGAACAAUUUCUCGUAUCAGCAAAACAGAAACAGCACAACAGGGCAAUAAGUUACAUACAGAUAAAAGCAUGACAUCUUCUCUCAUCAGUAAUUGGUCUGUUAGUUAGAAUGACAUCAUAUACCUUCCCCUGUUGAUUUUCAAGAAAAUUUGUCUGAAAUCUGGUUGGAGUUUGAAUAAUCUGAAUAAGAUUUUGAGCAUCAAAUAAUAAUUGCACAAUGCUAUACAUAUUUGUUUUUGUUUUAUUGCUGUGAGUUUAUCUAAUAAACAGCUUUUUCUGA